UUUUUUCCGCUCCUCCCUUCCUGCUUCCGCCCCGCCCCCUUCCCACCCCCGGGGGGGCGUGGCCUCCCCAAAUUCCCGGGAAAUUGCCCCAAAAUCCGGGUGGGGGAGGGGCAGCAGCGGGGCCAUGGAGCAGGGCCUGGUGAUGGUGGUGACGGGCGGCUCGGGCUUCCUGGGCUCCCACCUGGUGCAGGUGCUGCUGGAGGCGGAGCCGGAGCUGCGGGAGCUGCGCGUCCUCGACCUGGACCCCGACCUGCGCACGGUCCCGGAGCGGCACCGUGAGCCCGAAAGCAAAUCCCUUGGAUUUACCCCAAAAAUCUGGAAUUUAAGCCCAAAAAUUCACCCCAAAAUUCCCCAGAUCCACCCCAAAAAUCAACCCAAAAUCAUCCAAAAAAUCCCACAGAAAUCCCCUGGAUUCAGGCCAAAAAUCCCCCCAAAAUUCCUGAAUGUAACCCCAGAAAUCCACCCUGAACUCCCCCAAAUCCAUCCCCAAAAUCCACCAAAUUCACCCCAAAAAUCCACUCUAAAAUUCCCCAAAUUCACCCCAAAAAUCCCACAAAAAUUCCCAAAUUUAACUUCAAAAAUCCUCGACCUGCGCACGGUCCCGGAGCGGCACCGCUCCCGCGUGCGGCUGUUCCGGGGGGACGUCGGUGAUUUGGGGGCGCUGGGGGCGGCGCUGCGCGGGGCCCACGCCGUGUUCCACAGCGCCGCCCUGGUGGACGUGUGGGGGCGCUGCAGCCCCCAGGCCCCUGGCCCGCGCCAACGUGCUGGGCACCAAGAACGUGAUCCGGGGCUGCCAGGCCGCGGGGGCACCAAGAACGUGAUCCGGGGCUGCCAGGCCGCGGGGGUGCCGGUGCUGAUCUUCACCAGCAGCAUGGAGGUCGUGGGGCCCAACACCCGCGGGGACCCCUUCGUCAGGGGGGACGAGGAGACGCCGUACCCGACGCGGCACUCGGAGCCGUACCCGCUGAGCAAGGCCCAGGCCGAGCGGCUCCUGCUGGAGGCCAACGGGCAAACCCGUGAGCAAAAAACCCGAAUUUUGGGGCAAAAAACGGGGAUUUUGGGGUUUUGGGGCAAAAAAACGGGGAUUUUGGGUCAAAAUUUGGGAUUUGGGAUCCCAAAAAUGGGGUUUGGGGUUAGGGAGUGGCGGGGGGGCGGGCGGCUGGUGACGCUGGCGCUGCGCCCCACCGGGGUUUGGGGACGCUGGCGCUGCGCCCCACCGGGAUCUUCGGGGGAGCGGCACCCCCUGCUGGAGCUCUUCUACCGGCGGGGGAGGGGCCUGGGGGGGGCGGUGCCCCGCACCCUCCCCCCCAACGCCGAGCACGGGCGCGUCUACGCAGGAAACGUGGCCUGGAUGCACGUGCUGGCCGCCCGCGCCGCCCGCGCCCGCCCGGCCUCGGUGGGCGGCCAGUUCUUCUUCUGCUACGACGCGUCGCCCUGGGCGCCCUACGAGGAGUUCAACCUGCUGCUGCUGGGCCCCGCCGGCAUCUCGGGGGGCCCCCCGCGUCCCCCCGCGGCUCUCGGCGCUCCUGCCUGGCUCAACGGCCUCCUGAGGGAAAUUUUGGGGCGCUUCGGGGUGUGCUGGGCGCCGCUGCUGAACCCCUACACCUGGGCCGUGGCCUCCACCCCGUUCAGCGUCCGCACCGACAAGGCCGAGCGCCACUUGGGCUACCGGCCGCUCUUCUCCUGGGAGGAGGCCCGGGACAGGACGGCGCGCUGGGUCCGGCAGCUGGGCGGGGCCUGAGAUGGGGAGAAAACGGGGGGAAAUGGGAAAAAACAGCGAAAAAACUGGGGAAAUCGGUGAAAAAAUGGGGAAAAUUGGUGAAGAAAUGGGGAAGAAAGGGUUAAAAAUGGCGGUUUGGGGCUGAGGUUGAGGUGGGUGUGGACGUGAAGGGGUUAAAACGGGAAAAAUUGGAAAAAAUGGAAAAAUCGGUGAAGAAAUGGGGAAAAUCAGUGAAGAAAUGGGGAAGAAAGGGUUAAAAAUGGCGGUUUGGGGCUGAGGUUGAGGUGGGUGUGGACGUGAAGGGGUUAAAAAUGGGGAAAUCGGUGAAAAAAUGGGAGCGAAAUGAGAAGAAAGGGUUAAAAAUCCUGGUUUGGGGCUGAGGUUGAGCCUGGUGUGGGUGUGGACGUGAAGGGGUUAAAAAUGAAAAAAAGGGGAAAAAAACGGGAAAAAAUCCAUGAAAAAAUGGGGAAAAUGGAAAAAAGCAGGGAAAAAUGUGGAAAAUUAUAAAAGUGGGAAAAACUGGAGAAAAAACGGUGGAAAAAUGGGGAAAACGGUGAAAAAUGGUAAAAAAAUGGAGAAAAAAAUGGAAAAUUGGGAAAAAAUGAAAAAAAAAAAGCAGGAAAAAAUCUGGAGAAAAAUGGAUGAAAAAAUGGGAGAAAAAUGGGGGGAAAAAAAGAAAAAAACGGAAAAAAAAAUCAGGAAAAAAUGGAGGAAAAAUCGGGGGGAAAAGAGGGCAGAAAUGGGGUGAGAAAAGCGGAUUUUGGGGCGCUUCGGGGUGUGCUGGGCGCCGCUGCUGAACCCCUACACCUGGGCCGUGGCCUCCACCCCGUUCAGCGUCCGCACCGACAAGGCCGAGCGCCAGCUGGGCUACCGGCGCUCUUCUCCUGGGAGGAGGCCCGGGACAGGACGGCGCGCUGGGUCCGGCAGCUGGGCGGGGCCUGAAGGGGUUAAAAACGGGGGGAAAUGGGAAAAAACGGCGAAAAAACGGGGGAAAAUCGGUGAAAAAACGGGGGAAAUCGGUGAAAAAAUGGAGAGAAAUGGGGAAGAAAGGGUUAAAAAUGGCGGUUUGGGGCUGAGGUUGAGGUGGGGUGUGGACGUGAAGGGGUUAAAAUGGGACAAAAUGUGAAAAAUUGGGGAAAUCGGUGAAAAAAUGAGAAAAUUUGGUGAAAAAAUGGGGAAGAAAUGGGGAAGAAAGGGUUAAAAUGGCGGAUUGGGGGCUGAGGUUGAGGCUGGUGUGGGUGUGGACGUGAAGGGGUUAAAACGGGAGAAAAUGUGAAAAAAUGGGAAAAAUCGGUGAAAAAAUGAGAAAAUUUGGUGAAAAAAUGGGGAAGAAAUGGGGAAGAAAGGGUUAAAAAUGGUGGAUUGGGGGCUGAGGUUGAGCCUGGUGUGGGUGUGGACAUGAAGGGGUUAAAAAGGGUUAAAAAGGGGUUAAAAACGGUGAAAAUGUGAAAAACUGGGUAAAAUUAGUGAAAAAAUGGGGAAGAAAUGGGGAAGAAAGGGUUAAAAAUGGCGGAUUGGGGGCUGAGGUUGAACCUGGUGUGGGUGUGACGUGAAGGGGUUAAAAAUGAAAAAAAAAGGGAAAGUAAAAGGAAAAAAAAUGGGAAAAAUCCAUGAAAAAAAAUGGGGGAGAUGGAAAAAAUUGGGGGAAAUGAUGAAAAAUGGUGAAAAAUUGGAAAAAAUGAGAGAAAAAUGGAGAAAAAAUUGGAAAAAAAGAGAGAAAAAAUGGUGAAAAUGGAGAAAAAUGGAAAAUGGUGAAAAACAGGCAAAAAUACAGGAGAAAAUGAGGAAAAAAUGGAGAAAAACUGGGAGAAAAUGGGGGGAAACAGGAAAAAAUCAGGGAAAAAUGGGAGAAAAUGGAGGAGAAAAUGGGGGGGGGGAAACAGGGAAAAAUGGAGGGGGGAAGUUGGAGGGAAAAUGGGGGGAAAAA